AUUCACAACUUCUAAGACGUCUGACAUGGUUUCAAAUGAAUUUUCAGGGAUGAUCAGCACCAUAAGAGAUCAAACUUCCUGCAACAGGAAAGACUUUCAAUUCAAAGUGCAGAGAAAUGGAUAUUGUUCAGUAAUCCCAUUUGCUUGUUUGAUAAUUUUCUCUAUUCUAGUAAUAGUCUUAAUCGUUCAGCAGAGGAGUACAGCAUUCAAAGUUGAUGGAGGAGAUGCUAAAAUUAAUGCCUUGGCAGGAGGAGCUGCUCAAACUGAGACAUCAGGAGUUGGAGAUUCAGAAAAUGUUUCAUCUCAACUACUUCUUGACGAACUUUUUGCUCCUGGACAUGACAAAGGAUCUUGCUUAAGCCGGUAUGAAGCCAUCCUAUAUCGGAAACCCUCCUCGCAUAAGCCCUCUUCCUACCUCCUCUCCAAACUUAGGAACUAUGAAAGUCUUCAUAACCUCUGCGGGCCUUAUACCGAAGCCUACAACAAAACCCUCGAACAACUCAAGUCUGGCCGUAAGGUCAGUACCACAGAUUGUAACUAUGUUGUCUAUACACCUUUAAGUGGCCUAGGGAACAGGAUGCUGACCAUUGCCUCAGCAUUUCUUUACGCUCUCCUCACAAACCGAGUCCUACUAGUGGAAUUCGGAAGUGAAAUUGCCGAUCUGUUUUGUGAGCCAUUUCAGCAAACAACAUGGUUAUUGCCUAGGGAUUUUCCCUUAAGGAAUCAGUUUGACAAUUUCAGCCAGGAAUAUCCUCAUACAUACGGAAACAUGAUGAAGAGUAGAAUCAUAAACACUGCCGUGAAGUCUCCACCACCACCAUUUCUUUAUAUUUAUCUAGCUUACAACAUUGAUCGUUACGACGGGCUGUUUUACUGUGAUCAAAAUCAAGAUCAACUUGGAAAGGUCCCUUGGUUGGUUAUAAAAUCAAACCAGUACUUUGUUCCUUCUCUCUUCUUAGUCCCAUCUUUUAAGCAGGAACUAAGUAAGUUGUUCCCUGAUGAAGAAACUGUUUUUCAUCACUUGGGUCGCUACCUUUUCCAACCCUCAAAUGAAGCAUGGGGACUUAUCACCAGGUUCUAUCGAGCUUACUUAUCCAAAGCAGAUGAGACGAUUGGCAUCCAAGUACGAGUUUUCGAUACUAAAGCUACUCCAUUUCAAACAGUUAUGGAUCAGAUUUUGUCCUGUACUCUAAAGGAGAAACUACUCCCUGAAGUCCUAGAUGUGAAAAAUUCUGCUGCUUCUUUGUCCAACAACCAAAGCUUGAAAGCUGUUUUAGUAACAUCUUUGUACUCAGAGUACUAUGAGCAUAUAAAGGGAAUGUAUUGGACAAAACCAACUGUGAGCGGGGAGGUGAUUGGUGUUUACCAGCCAAGCCAUGAAGAGCAUGAAAUUUACGGGAAUAGCAUGCACAGCAUGAAGGCAUGGACUGAAAUCUAUCUGCUAAGUAUGAGUAAUGUACUAAUUACAAGUUCUUGGUCAACAUUUGGUUAUGUGGCUCAAAGUCUAGGUGGUUUGAAGCCAUGGAUGCUUUACAGGCCUUUGAACGGAACAACCCCAGAUCCUCCUUGUGUGCAAGCUAUGUCAAUGGAGCCUUGCUUUCAUUUCCCUCCAAGCUAUGGCUGCAAGGCAGAUGUCUACAUCGGUCCCGGUGCUGCUGUUCCUAACGUGAAGCAUUGUGAGGAUGUGGAAUGGGGAUUAAAGCUGGUUAAAGAUCAUUGAUUAGUUCUAUAUGAUUUCUUGUUCGUAUCGAGUGAUUUAAUUACUACUGUAGGUUAUAUAUUCGUAUAAACCCCACAAUUUUUGUAACUGCUCUGGCCAAAUCAUUACAUCGCAAUAAGAAAACCUAAACGGCAUUCCCUAUUUUGCCCUUAAAGAAAUACUCGGCGUCUAUGCAUGUGAAGUGGUCUUUUCGCACCGACAUAUAUCGAUCAUUGCAAGAUUCAAUGAGGACA